UCGGUGGUUCACAAAGCUGGUCUACGAUUUCGCACUCGUGCAGAGCUGAAAUCAGCUUUUCGCCCGAUUUGCAGCUGCUGCUCUGAUUAACAAAGUGAUUUUCUGCGUACUGUUGCUUUCAGUAUUAUUAUUGGGGAAGCCAGGCUAUGGAGCAUAAUAUGUUAGAACAGCUUGGAUUUAACAGGAAGAACAGAGAUGCUGUAAGUAAAGCCCUGGGUGGCUGGAACACGAGCGGCAAUAACCAACAAGAUAUCAGACCCCUAGUUGAAAUUAUUGUACUGCAAGCAAUUUCAGAUGUAAAAUAUGGAAGUAAUGCUGCAAAACUGUGCAGCAUAUUUGUAGAAAAUGAAGGCAAAAUAUCAAAUGAUACACGAUUUCGGAACAUUUUGCUCACAAAACUCCAAAGAGAGUACACCAACAUCAGAACGACUGAAGAACAUAAUGAAGCCAGAUUGAUAGCAUUUGUGACCUUUUUGAGUAGCAUUUUUCACCACAUCCGUAUUGAUGGGAGGGCACUUGUUGCUUUAGUAACUCCAGUGUUCGGAGUGUUUGGCUUCUUGGCAAGCGUGGCGAAGCAGAGCAAUAAAAGAGAGGAAAUUAUUCAAUGUUUGGUUAUGCAAAUACAACUUCAUGGAGAGGAAUUGGAAGGAUUGAAUGAGAAGAAAAUGGCUGAACUAUUUUGUAUAAUUCGCGAAUUGUUUUUGUCAGAAACCACAUCACAGCUUUCAAGAUUGCUGCUGCUUGAAAUUAUUGAACUUCGAGCUGGAAACUGGAAAUUGUCUUCUGAUGCUAAUACGUAUUAUUAUGAUACAAACAGUGUCUAAUGUUAUUAUGCUUUAUUUUUAUAUACGAUUCUCAAUGAUACCUUAUUUUUUUAUGUUAUUUCAUUUAAACAAAAUAAUAUAUACCUAUAUUACAUAAAUAAUUAUACAUAAUCAUAGUAUCAUUCAAUUGCAUACAUUUUCAUAUUUAUGUUGGGAGAAUUAAUUGAUACUAACCGGUUAUUAUUUUUAUAAUUUCUGGUAUCAA